AUGCGGAACAGAACCGGAGCCGCUCUCUGUGCCCUUGCCCCCCCGACAGGCUUCCUGAUAAUCUGCCUGGGGGCCUUCUUCAUCUCCUCAGGCUCCACGUUCGGCUGUCAGAGGAACCUGAUCUUGGCCUAUUUGCUUCUGCCUCUGGGAUUUGUGAUCCUUGUGAGUGGUAUUUUCUGGAGCACCUACCGCCAGGCAAGCGAAAACAAAGGGCUGUUCAGCCAUGUGCUCAGAUCACACCUUGUUCAUGGGGCCACGGCCCUGGCCACAGUGGACAGGCCAGAUUUUUACCCUCCUGCUUAUGAAGAAAGUCUUGAUGCUGAAAAGCAAACCUGUCCUGCAGAGGGAGAGGCCUUGGACAUUCCUCCACCUCUGUACACAGAGAUGGACCUUGAAUUAGAGGGUGAAAAUGAUGCCCACCCAGAGGCACCGCCAUCCUAUGACGAGUCUGUCGUGGCCAGGGCAGCAGCAGCAACACCAUCGCAGGAUGCCCAGGGGCAAAGCCGAGAGUGCUGA